AUGCCGCCACCUAAUGAGAACCAGCGCAUCAUAUUCAUCCUCAUCCUGAUGCUGCUAUGGGCCACUAACAACGACAACGGCGCGGGAUUCGUGCAGGCGCCCUCCCUCACCCACGCCCGCCUCACCCGACAGCGCCACGCGCACGGCGUCCUCAACACCACGGGGUGGGGCGACUUCUCGCCUCGGCUGGCCUACGAAAACCCCCUGUUCCCCGGCACCCUCGAGCCGCGCUACCUGAACCUCACCGGCUUCCGCGAGGAGGAUGGCUUUGCCUGGGAGGAUCUUGGACGCUUCAGGAACCGCUGCGAGGAGUGGAGUCAUAGUGCGGUGGGCGAGCCGAGCACUGCCGCCCCCGUCUGGCAGAAUCUGUCGGGCGUCGUGAGAGGGCCCUGGGUCCGGAGAGAGCUGUCCGUGUCGAGGACCCAUUCGAGUUACAAUCUGAGCGAGAUGACUCCCGAUGUCGAGUGGCUUGGGUGGGCCGCCGAGUGGAGUAGGAACAUUACUGGCCGGGAGGGCAAGAUGCUCGUGAGGGUCCAUGACGACGAGGUUGCCGGCACGGAGCCGAAGGAGGAAGACCUCCACAAAAAGGGGCAGCUACUGCCUGUAGAAGUCAAGGCAAGGGCAGUCUCGGCGACAGUGACCAUCGAUGAUGAGGAGGGGUCUGGGUCGAGUGCAGAGAUGCGACUUCAUGGUGUACACUGGCCGCGACAGGGAGCCUUGCUCUUGACGACAACGAGCGAGAAGUACGCUGGUAUCUUUGGUCUGCCUCAUCUUACGUCGCGUCAAGAAUACUUCGAGUCGAGUCAGGCCCUCUUGAACCGCACACUUGACGAGAUGCUGGCCAAGAAGGAGCAGCGAUAUUUCACGGAUCACGGCAACCCGUGGGAUGCGUCUGGCGACAAUUCAGGGGAGCCACUGGGGCCAUCGCCUCAUUGUGAAUAUGUAUUUUACAUGCAGGCGCAUCCGCUGGACAAGGGUGUUCUCAAUGUCGAGCCAUCCCUCACCGGGCCAGAGAAUGUGGCCAAAGCUAUCGAGGAGCUUGAGCAUGAGCUUCGAUUCCCCCGAGGCGCUCCACAAGACGGCCUACCAAGGCUACAGAUGUCUGCGGUUAUGUAUUCCCCCGACUGUGCAUUCAUGCUCGAAACCAAGGGACCCCCCGACUUCCCGAUCGCAGAAGGUCAACAUCUUUCAGGCUGGAAGCAGGAACAGUGGUUGCACGAUGUCGGGUACUGGAUGUUAGGGUUUGGUGCCAUCAUCUUUUGCCAGGUCCAGCUUUUGAAAUUACAAAUGAAGGAAGCUUCCACGCCAUCAACCCUUGGCCGUAUCAGCUUCUAUACAGCAAGCAUGACUCUUUUGGCUGACGGAAUCGUUUUUUCCGGUUCUGCAGCAUGGGCGUUGACGGCGUCCAACACGCUAUUGCCUGCUUUGGUCAUUAUGGGAGCAUCUUGUUUGGCUACUACAGUUGGCAUAUGCUUUCUUAGUGAGAUCUAUGUGGUACAAGAGCCGGAAUGGCGGAGACGAGACCGAGAGCGCCAAACAACCUCCACGACUAACACACCUCUACCGCCAGCUACUCCAGCUCCAGCUCCAGCUCCUGCACUGGCAACCACUGUAGACCCCGAGGCGAACACCUUAUUAUCUACGGCUGCAAGGCGAGCAACCCCGAGACCGCCAUCGCCACCUAUCAUUAUACCUUCGGAUCAAGAUAUAGAUGCGGAAAUCCUAGAGAACAUGACCGGUGCCCAACUGGGCCUGCCACUGCCGGCCACUGCUGCGAACACAACAACCGCGCAGAGCAACCGAUCCACACCGAUCGGUACCAUAUUCGGGCAACUCAUCAUGUUAGGCAUCGCAAUACUCUUCCUUUCACUUGCUGCUGCAACCUGGCGACCAGUCUUGCGCUCUAUAUACUUCAACGCCCUUGCAUUUAUCUACCUCUCAUUGUGGACCCCUCAGAUCUACCGCAAUAUAUAUCGAAACUGUCGCCGCGCCCUCUCGUGGCGGUUUGUGAUCGGACAGUCUGUCUUGCGCAUCCUCCCUAUCGCGUACUUUUACCUCCUUAAAGACAACUUUGCAUUUGCGACACCUGACUGGAGGGCCUUUGCCGUGCUCGCCGGUUGGGUCUGGGUCCAGAUCUGGAUAUUAGCCGCACAGAACGUGCUGGGUCCACGAUUCGGCAUACCAAAGGGCUGGAUGCCCGAAGCGUGGGAAUAUCAUCCUAUACUCCGUGAGGAUGGAGUCGAGAGCGGCAGCCUUCCUAUCGGCUUGGCCAUGGGUUCCGAUACAGCUCCCAGUUCGCCAACCCUUGAACGCACCAAGAGUGGCGGAGACGCGAACAGGGCUACAAAUAUACACAGUAUCGACUGCGCCAUCUGUCGCGAGAUCCUCGAGGUGCCUGUUGUCAAGGCGGGAGAAAGCGAUCCCAAUGGUGGAGUGACGGGUGUCUUUGCCAGGAGGGUGUAUAUGGUCACGCCAUGUAGACAUAUCUUCCAUAGUGCCUGCUUGGAAGGCUGGAUGAGGUUUAGACUGCAGUGCCCUAUUUGUAGGGAGGAGCUGCCACCUCUAUGA